AGCGUCCUAAUUAUUUGCCUAACGUAAAAAAAAAGCACAAAACUGAAUUAAGUCAGCAAACUUCAAGCGAUUCUUCAAACGCUCGAACCUAUAUUGUAUUUUACUUUUUACCUGGGAGAUGUGCGUAUUAUUUAUUUUAUUUAAAAAUGUUAUUUAUUGAUGUUUGACAGGCGAUAUCUAACGUUACCGACAAGUAGGAGAGACAGAAGAACUUUCACGAAUCCGUAAACGCGAUACCCGCCAGCAGUUAAUGAAUUUUAGUAAACAUUUACCCAUUUUUUAACCAGGUGCAAUGGGCAGGCCAGCGGAUUUAUUAUAUCUGGCUAGCUAGAGUUAGUUAGGCAGGGACUAUUACGAUGGUUGUGGAGGUGGAGCGGUUCUUUGGGGUGUACAUGCUGUACUGUACCAACCCCAAACACAAAGGUCGCAUCUACAUCGGCUUCACUGUGAACCCACAACGGCGAAUAUGUCAGCACAACGCCGGCCGACGCGGAGGGGGAGCCAAGAGGACCAGUGGCAGAGGGCCGUGGGAGAUGGUGCUCAUCAUCCAUGGAUUUCCAACUGAUAUCGCGGCUCUGAGGUUUGAGUGGGCGUGGCAGCACCCGCACGUCUCCCGCCGGCUCUCCCACGUGGCUCGGCGUGCUCGCAAGGAGUCCGGCCUGCACUUCCACUGGCGUGUUGUCUCCAGCAUGCUGCGGGUGGCGCCGUGGAGCCGUCUCCCCCUAACGGUGCGUUGGCUCAGGCAGGAGUACUGGCUGGACUUUGAACCCGGGCUCCAGCCACCCCUGCACAUCCCUCUGACCUUCGGCUGCGUCCGCGCUAAGAAGAACCAGCAGCAGGAGGGCACGGAGCGAGAGGAGAGCCAGGUGGAUCAGUGUCUACUAUGUGGAGAGAUUGUGGAGGCUUCAGAUAGACUGUCUUGCUUCCAUCCUUCUUGUAAGAUGGUGUCUCAUCUGAUUUGCUUGGCUAAACAUUUCCUGAAGUCAGAGCCCUCGCACCUACUUCCUGUGGAGGGGGUGUGUCCUGGGUGCCAUAACUCAGUGCUGUGGGGUAAUUUGAUUCGCCACAGAAAUGGUUGUUAUGGUGAUCUAGAAGAAAUUACAUCACGUUCUCCGCAGAGCCACUGGGCCGAUGAGUUACAGAGUUGAACUGAACAAAAUAACAAAAAAGAAACCAGAGCCUGAGGACCAACUCGCCACACGAACAAAUCAGAAGGGUGUUUUGGGUUUUUUUUUAUAGGCUGUCUGGAAAUGAAAGGGCUUUCUGUGAACUGUCUGGAUGCAUCCCUGUUUUUAGACUGAUUAAAUCAUGUUCAAGGACCAUGUGAAUCCCACAUCACAGGACAGAAGUGCUUAAGCAGUACCAGAUCAUGCCCGGAUGACCUAAUUGAGAUCAUUAUGGUAUAUGAGAUGCUAAACCUUGGACUUGUAUGUGGAUAAUACAAGAGGGGUAUUCUAGAAAUUGGUUUGGGUGUGUGCCAACCUGUUAAUCAGUGUCAGCUGCACCAUGUUAAUUUAUUCCUCUGAGCAAAACAGUGCUUUAGGUUGAGCCAAAUCCAGCUGAAAUAUCCCCAGUAGUUAAUGUGUAGUAUUUAAAAAAAAUGAAUUAAUUUGUAUUUAUUUGCUUACGGAACAGUUGUUUCUGGCAACAAAAUCACAAAUUCUGUUCUGAUUAACUUUCCUAAACAUCAAAAUAUAUUUAUUUUGUAUAUUAAGUCAUUAAAAUAGGAAUAUUUGUCGGCCAAUAAAAUAAGCUUAUAUUUAGCACCACUGUU